CACAUACAAUGUCAUCCUGGGAUCAAACUAAGUUUUCGUUAACCUCGCGCUCACGAGGAUCCUACCUCAUCACCAAUGAAGUCCUUAGCAAAGUUCCACAAAUCAAGGAGUAUGAAAUUGGUCAAUUACAUUUAUUCUUGCAACAUUCAUCGGCCGGAAUAACCCUCAAUGAGAAUUGUGACCCUGAUGUGAGAGAAGAUAUGACUAGUAGUUUGAAUAGGAUUGUACCAGAAGGGGACUUUUACAUUCAUGCAGAUGAAGGUCCGGAUGAUAUGCCUGGGCAUGUCAAAUCCACCCUUGUUGGAACUUCUCUCACUAUUCCCAUUACCAAUGGACACUUAGCAUUGGGAACUUGGCAAGGCAUUUGGCUUUGUGAGUUCAGGGACUACAUGCAUACUCGUAAAAUUGUUGCUACUAUCAAUGGUUUGAAAAGGAAGUAAGAUGCCCCAAAAUCCUGUUUCUAUAUUACAAUUCUAUAUGCGCCACUC